AAUUACAAAAAUUCGGCAAAAAAAACCCUAAAUCCACUAUCUCCGUGUUCUGAACAAUGGCAGAAAAACUUUCAAGAAGCUGCUUCACCUGCCUGCGGGAGACGGACGAUUUCAUCCCGAUGAUGGACGAAGCGGAAGAUGUCAAGCUUCACCAGUCGAAGCCGUCGAACGAAACUUCUUCCUUCCGUAGUACAGUGGUGGCCAAGCAUUUUUGGUUCGAUCUAAACGACCUCUUCCAGGGAUUCCUAUGCGCUCGCUGCUGGUCGAAGAUCGAGGAAUUCCACCGCUUCUACUGCGACAUUGAGGAGGCUCACGAGCACAAGCUCAGUCUGCCGUUUGCCGAGGUAAAGGAGGAACUGCCGGAUGUUGAUGGGGAAGGGGAGGAGCAACAGCACGAGCAGGAGGGAUACGGGUAUUCCUUUUCCCAAGAGCUUCUAGAGAGUAAGCAAGAAGGUGAGACCACUGUGGACGGCAAGUUGGAAGAUGCGACGGUUUUCAUGGAAGAGGAACAUCUAUUCGAUGAGGACGUUGAGGAGCAAGAGGAAGCAGAUGAUACCGAAGACUGGGAUGAGGAAGAAGAAGAAGAAGAAGAGGACGAGGCUGAGGAAAAGUUAGGAAAGGCAACCAAAAUCAGGAAGCGUAGCCGUAAGAAACUGAAACUGGCAGAUAGGAUUGCUCAGGCCGAUGCGCUAAUUGCAAGUUAUUGCAAUAUGCACUGCGAUCAGUGCACGCUCACGUUCGAUUCGUUCAAUGCACUGCAGGCGCAUUCUGCAUCGGAACACCAGCGACGGGCGUACGUGUUCUGUUGUGAUCGGAGGUUUAAUACGCGAACUCGGCUAUAUGAACACGUGCAGCGCCACGCCAAUCCGGAACAGUUCCAGUGCGAUAUCUGCAAACGGAACUGCGUCGAUAGCGAAGGACUGAAGCGGCACAAGCUCAAAGUCCACACGCCGAUCGAAGAGCGACCGUUCAAAUGCGACAGAUGUUUGAAAGCAUUCGCCCAAGAAUCGGUCCUGAACAGUCACAAACGCUAUCACCAAGCACUUGAGCAGAAGGAAUUCCCCUGUGAGCAGUGUAACAAGUACUUUGGAAAUGCAGCUCUUUUGAAGCAGCACGUGAAGAAUAGCCACACCUCGACGUUCGAGUACGUAUGCGAUCACUGCGCCAAAGGUUUCAAUCAGAAGGGUCUUUUCCUGCGUCAUCUGAAGGAUCACGGUCCCAAGGGUCCGGAGGAUAAGGCUCAGUGUCCAAUCUGCUCCCAGUGGCUGCUGAAGGUAAGUUUGAACAAGCACAUUCUGCGGCACAAUUCGCCGACCUAUCGGUGCGAGACUUGCGGAAAGGAAUCGCCCAACAUACUGGCCCAUAGGAGCCACGUGCGGUUCGCCCACUCGGAUGCCCGGUUCACGUGCAACUUUUGCGGGAAGGUUUUCAAGCGAGCCCUGACGCUGAAGGAGCACAUCGCCUCGCACAGUGGGGAGGUCCUGUACACCUGUCCGCACUGCCCGAAGACGUUCAAUUCCAACGCGAACAUGCACUCGCACCGGAAAAAGAUGCACUACCAGGAGUGGCUGGAGACGAGGCGAAGGAUCAUCGUGAAAUAGAUGGGUUUUCUUGCGUGAGAAA